ACUUGUGAGUGACCUUAGACGGAAUAUUUACGCUUCACGUAUUGCUUAGGUUUUUGUCGAUGACGUUUUUGCCACCGGAAGACUUGAAGUUGAUGUGGGCGACACGUGCGGAAGAGAAUGCUAAAGUCUAGUUUCUAAAGAGAGUGAAUCUGCUCGUAUUACUAUUUCUGUCCUUUGGCGAAAACUGUUCCAGUUACAGAAGGUUUAUUCGGAUGACUGAAAAGCAUUGAUUUCUUCAAUCGAUGAAAAUUCUCAGCGCAUUUGUAGGAUUCUUGUCAAUCCUAGCAAAUGGUUGUUUUGUUGAAGGUAAAUCCAAGAUUCUUUACAAAACCAAUCAAAUGUGCAGCUAGGAAAGUAGUGACUCCUAUAGAUGCCCCACGCCAUCAGUACUAUCCCUUCUUCGUCAGUGUUUACCGAUGUAGUGGAGGCUGCUCUACCAACUCACCUAAUACGUACCACUGCUCCGCCACAACCUGGAACAAUGUAACUGGAACUGUAUUUGAUUUGCAAACUAGCACCCAAAAGGUUCUGACGGUUCUAAAUCAUACCAGUUGUGAGUGCACAUGCGUAGCGAAGGCUAAAGAUUGCUCUGAAAACGAACUUUACGACGAAGAUACAUGUAGUUGUCAAUGUAAAUACCAGGAUGAACCUCAAGUAGGAUGCCCUGCGAGAUUCAGUUGGAGUCAGUUCCAGUGCAAGUGUGUUUGUGCAAGGCCAGUAGAAUUUUGUCCUGUCAACAUGGAGUGGAGUUACACAGCGUGUGGUUGCGUUUGUACUCGGUCUGUUGUGGAAUUUUGCAAGUUGGAGAAAAAAGUCCUCAACGCCUCAACUUGUGAGUGCGAAGAACCUAAAACAAUAGUGAAAAAUUUAAAUCCUGGUGUCCCUGGCAAAAGAACUGUGGAGACAACGAAUUGGAAGCAGUUUGUGUUAUUUAUGGUUGGAGAGUUUGUCGUUUUAAUUCUCCUAUUUGACUUGGUCAUAUACUGGAAAUACGGGGGUGGAAUUAUCUGCAAAGCCUGUCGCUGUCCUCGUAAAGAUACUUCAAAUAAUGGUCAAGCAGUCGUUGAUCGUGGAACUUCAACUGGACUUAAUGCAAGUAAAGACGAUAGUCCUACAAUUGGUAAUAAGUCUCCAUAACAGAAGAGAAGUACGUAUUAGUCUCGACAUGCCCCUCUAAUACCAUCAAUCACAUUAAAUCAUUUACCUGGAAAAAAAGGGAUCAUAAACAACUCGCUGCUCGGCAGCAUCAUCACUAGCGUGAGUGACAAGAAACGGCUCUAAAUAAGCUUAAGAAAUUGUAAUUCCUUGCCUAAUUUGACAUGGUCAAUGUUUUUCUUCUCUCGAAUUGUUUAUCUCGAGGUUUUGUUCUAUUUUAAAGAAAUAGUGUGUGACGCUUAAAGUGACCGGACUAAUAACAUCGUUUCAUGGCUCGUUGCAGUAGCUAUCAUGACUGCUAUGCUCCUUCAGCUUUAAGUGACAUAAAUCAGUCCGCCAGAAAGACCUUUCCAGCUAUAUCCAUCUGAUAAAGUGUCUCUUCCUUAUGACAGUAACUACUGCUUUGCUGUAAAAAAGCUAACCAAUGGUAAUGUAUAGUUGAAAGAAAGCCAGGGAUAUUUUUAGAGAAGCACGCAUGAAUCUUUAAAGGAGUAGAUUGACGCUUGGCGCACGUGCAAGCUUCUAAGCAGCUUAUUCAAAUCGAUUGUUUGUUCAACUGUUAGAAAUGACCUUAAAGUCUUACACGUGUCCAGAAAAAGGUUCGGGGACUUAGAAUCUACUUAAUAAUCUGUGUCAAGAGAACUUAGUCUCUUGCCUGUAUAAAUAUCACAUUUUUGGCAUAAAGUUUACCAUUUGAGUGCUAGAGCUGCUGCUAUUGCUGCAGUAAGAAACAGUGCAAGAAAGAGGGAAGUUCUUCUCGCGCACUGGAGUAGGAAAAGACAGAUUGAGAAAUGUCAACAGCAUUACCACGCUUUGAGGACUGACAAUGAAAUUCUCUCAAACGAAACGGUUUAGCUGGUCGCGUUAUGCUGAAGAAAGUCAUUGAGACAAAUUAUUACGUAACAGAAAAGGUAAUGAAAAAAAUUAUAAACUAUUUUUCUUGUAAAAUUUAUUGCAGAACUACGCGAGCGUAGAUUUUUAAAAUGAAAAUAAAACGACACAUGUAAUA